AACUUAUGAAAUUUCAACUACUUACUAGUGAAUAAAAUAUGAUUUCAAUAUAACUUUUGAUUUUUGUGAACGUCAAAGAGACACCUUUUCGAACUUGCAGUAUUCAUUGUAAUGAUUUAUUCUAAAUUCUUCAUAUCCCAGGAAUUCCUAGAAAAAGUACACGAAGAAGAAUCGAAAAAGUUCAAAAUUGUUGACACAAUGUUGAGAUCCUUAUACAAAGAUCAAAGACUUGAACUUCUGGUGGAAGAAAUAAAAACACAGCUAGAUACAAAUUGUCACUCAGUCAAAUAUACAAUAACUGAUGAGCAAUCGGAAGAGUCAGGAAUCAAUGAAAAAAGCGCGAGCAAACUUAUACUUGAUUAUUUGAGUAAUGGUCUUCUUCGUCCACCUGAUUCAACUGAUAUGAAAUCGCCCACUGUUCAUUCAGUGUCUACAGAAGGGACGUAUGAUAUCCCAGAAGAAUAUUUGAAUGAGUUGGAAAGAACUAUAGCAAAAAGUAAGGAAAGUAUUACAGAGUUUGUUGAAACGCAGUUAAUGAAAUAUGAAGAAGAUUUGAAAGAAAUUUGGAAUAGUGAGUUGAAUUUCAUUCUGGACUUAUACAAUGUCAAAUACGAUGAGAAGAAUAUAUUCUUUUAUCAAAUUCAAACUUUCAUAUAG